CUUCCUCCAGUGGGCGGAGAAGCAGCCGCGCCGCGCAGAGCCGCGCCGCUCUCAGCUCCUCGGCUCAUCCGGACCCCGCCGAGGCUCAUGGACUGACCGCCGCUCUGACCCGCAGCUCGAACCGACCUCGGUGUUUGGACUGCGAGACGCCGGGCGGGCUGGAGGACUGCGCCAUGGCGGCCAAGGAGGACCUGUACAGCAAAAUUCUCCCCCGGAGGCUCCGCCAGAGCCGAUCGGGCUCCAUUAAGUCCAGCUCCAACCUGGACGUGCUGCUCUCCAUGGGCUUCUCCAGACACAGGGCCCUGAAAUCUUUGGUGUCAACCGGAGGCCGGAGUGUACAAGCAGCAUGUGACUGGCUGUUCUCCCAUGUGGACGACCCGUUCCUGGACGACCCUCUGCCCAGGGAGUUCGUCCUCUACCUGCGACCCAGCGGGCCGCUCCAGAACCAGCUCUCCCACUUCUGGCAGCAGAGCCGGGUCACGUGCGGCAAAAACAAGGCCCACAACAUUUUCCCUCACAUCACUCUCUGUCAGUUCUUCAUGUGUGCCGACCCCAAAGUGGAAGCCCUGUGCGAGGCCCUGCAGACCACCGUGCAGCAGUGGAGGGGCCGAUUCCCACAGCCGCUGCCUCUGGAGCUCUACACGUCUUCCAACUUCAUAGGGCUGUUUGUGGAGGAGCAGGUGGCUGAUGUCCUCCGGCAGUUUGCAGCCGACUUUGCCACAGAGGCUGCCAGGAAAACAGAGGUCAAAGUGGAGCCUCACAGGAAGCAGCUGCAUCUGACGCUGGCGUACAACUUCUCCAGCGAUCACCUCUCCUCACUGGAGAAGCUGGCCAAGGGCAUCGAGGUGAAGCUGGGCUGUGACUGGCUGGCUGUCCUGUUCUCCCGGGACAUCCGUUUCGCCAACCAUGAGACGGUGAGGGUCAUGUACCCCUACAUGCCACAGAACGACGACGAGCUGGAGCUCUCUCCUGGGGAUUUCAUCUUCAUGUCUUCGAUGGAUCAGACCAGCACCAGCGAGGGCUGGGUGUACGGGACGUCACUGGCCACCGGGCUGUCGGGACUUCUGCCGGAGAACUACGUCAGCGUGGCGGAUGAGUGCGACACCUGGGUGUUUCAUGGCUCCCACUCCUUCUUCAGCUGUGCGCCCAGUGAAAAAGGCGGUAAAGAGAAAGGAGUGUUUGAUGGACUGCUGGAGAGCCGACGUCCCGACAGCACCAGUCCUGGAGACACGCCUACGCUCAGCGUGAUCUGCCACCCUAUGCAGCAGGUCCUGCGGUUCAGCGGCAGCCACAGUCGGCAGCCCAAACGGACUCUUUUCGUGUGCCGGCACGGUGAGAGGAUGGACGUGGUGUUCGGCAAACACUGGCUCACCCUCUGCUCAGACAGUAAAGGUAGAUACGUCCGUUCCAACCUAAACAUGCCUCCUAGUCUGCCUCUGAGGGGGGGGCAGAAAGACUACGACAUGGACGCUCCCAUCACUGUGUUUGGAUCCACUCAGGCUCGAUUAGUGGGGGAGGCUCUGCUAGAGAGUAACACGGUGAUAGACUUUGUUUACUGCUCUCCGUCCCUGCGAUGUGUUCAGACUGCACAGAACAUCCUGAAAGGGCUGCAGCAGGACGGCAAGCUGAAGGUGCGGGUGGAGCCGGGCCUGUUUGAAUGGACCAAGUGGGUGUCGGGGAACUCCCUGCCGGCGUGGAUCCCCCCCGCUGACCUGGCUGCAGCCAACUUUGGUGUGGACACAGCUUACAGACCUCUGAUCCCAGUCAGCAAGCUGACCGUGUCCGAGUCCUACGAGAACUACAUGAGCCGCAGCUACCAAGUGACCAAAGAUAUCCUGUCAGACUGCAAAAACACUGGAAACAACGUGCUGAUUGUAGCCCACGCGUCUUCCUUGGAGGCCUGUACGCGGCAGCUGCAGGGCCGCAGCCCUCAGAACGCCAAGGACUUCAUCCAAGUUGUACGAAAGAUUCCCUACCUGGGCUUCUGUGCCUGUGAGGAACAGGGAGAAACAGGAAUGUGGCAGUUAGUGGACCCUCCUAUCCUGCCUCUAACUCACGGACCAAACCACUCCUUUGACUGGAAGGAGACACUUCUGCAAGAAUGACGCCUGCCUGCCCCUCACAAUGCUCUCGCUACACUCUCACAGACUGCAGCGUCACAUUUUUGACCUGUGUCCCCUACACCCCAACAAACAGAUCUGAGCUUUUUUCCUUUUCAGCCCGUUCAUUAGCUGGUGCUGCAGCCGGCCGAGAAAAGCGCUUCCUAUCUGCAGACGAGAAGCAAAGUACCAGCAGUGGACUGGACGUAUCUUCAGGAAUGAGCAAAUGUUCACGCUCAGAUGGCAUUAUGGGAUCACUCAGUGCUUAGAGACGUCUGGUGGAGAGUAUCAGGAGGCUUCAUCUGCUGUGUGGGAGAUCUGAUGUCAGCACAAUCUAGGAAAUUUGGUCAAAUUCACAAUACAAAUGUUUUACGUAAUAGUUCCCAUGAUGAUUUAUGCUAAAGUGUGUUAGCAGGCUAACACGCUAAAUUAGUGCUAAUGUCAAAGGUAAAAAAGUUGCUCUUUUUAUAGAUUCAAAGAUAAAGCAGAAGACAAGCAUAAGCAUACAUACCAACAAAAAAGAGUAUUGUCUCCGUCUGUGCGUGCAUGCGAUAACAUUUUUGAUUUUAUUUCCUCUCUUGGAAGCUAGGGCUAACAAAGGCGGGUCUGGUUGCUUUGCAGUGUCAGGCCAGAUCUCCUCAUCCCACUGCAAAUCAGUUCACGCAGCCUCUGCUAACUGAUCACAUAACAGUCAGCAAAAAACUUAAAGGUUAUAUUUCCUUUUUCCAAAAUAAACUGCAAAGGAACUUCACUGCGCUGACUUAAUUCCUUUUAAUUCAGUGCAGUCCAGCUUAACAAAAUCAGAGACGUCCCUGGUUUUCAUUAGAGACAUCUGGUCAACUUCUGCUCUAGACAACAGGGAAAGUUCCUGUUGUUGAUGACGGUGUAGGCAGAGUUGCUCUUUCACGCAGAUCUAAGAAAACUGCUGUUACUUGUUAUUUUAAAGGAAAGGCAUCUUUUUAUUCUGCCCGUCUCACUUCAGCAGCAGAGCUGAUAGACACUGGCAGAGCCGACAGCAGUUCAUCAGUGACUGCACUGGUGCUCCGUGCACAGUGCGACUCUUCAGGAUGUCUCUAUGUUGGGUUCUAGGGAGACCCACCUAGAACAGCAGGGCCUCCUGCAAACCAUUUAGUGUGUUUUAAAGUUUAACACACACAGCUUUGAAUGCACAUGUUGCACUUGGUGACAAUCAUCCCGUAGCAUCUUGAUUCUGCCCCAGCAGCAAUUAUUACCCAAAGCAUUGGUGUAGCUGCAAACUUAUGUAGAGAAAGGUCUUACAAUUGAGUCUGUAUUUAUUUGUAAGCAUUGUUUUCAAGAAAAAUGUGAAAAAAGAGUCGGUAUUAACAGCAUACAAGAAUUUAUGAACGAGUUUCUCAGGUGUUGACUGCAUUUAACACAGGUAUUUCUGCAGUUUUGCAUUAACUGACAGUAAUGGUGUGCCUCUGAGAAUUCCUGUGACGUCUGACUGCUCAUGUUCCUCAUGUCUCAUCUAGAAGCUCAAACCAGCCACAGCCAGACCCACAACAAGGUUGUUUGUAUAGCCACAUUGCUGUUGUAACAGUUAAAAGCUUUAAAGGGAACAUAUCAUGCAAAAUCCACUUUUUUAGCUCCUAAAUACAUUUUUUUGUGUUCUUGCAGAAAAUUUGAACAAAGUCUCUCCAGGAGCUGCUCAGGUGUCUUAUAAAAACUUUUUGGGUCAGAUUUAUCAAGCCGUUCAGUUUUCUCUGUUUUCUAUUACAUUUCUUGAACUAUUAUGUCACAGUAUUUUCUGCAGAACUGUUAAACAAGGUCAUGGAUGCCCAGCUUACUAAUUUCGUGAAUCCACAUUGGGGGUACAUUAACGGGAAAAUAAGACAAAACCAUUGCAAUUCCACUUUAUAUAGACUCCAAGUGAAUGAUUUCAAUGAGAAAAGGAGGAACUGGAAUGCAUGAAAUGUUCCCUUUAAGUUCUCAACAAAUUGUCAUUUAAAAAAAAAUUAUAAAAAGUUUCCCACAGCUUUAAUGGAUUGUUUUGUCAAGUGUUAGUGACAGUCUACUCUAUGGCCAUUUCUAGAUUAUUCUGAAAACUUAAAGUUGGAUCCUGAAAAUUGACGACACAUUCAAACAGAUUUGAAGAGGACAUUAAUUCAAGAAUCAGUCUGCUGUAUCUCACUUGUUCGGGGAACUAAACCACCAGUUUUCACUUCAGAUUUUUUACUCUUUUUUUUUUAACACAGAUACUGUUCAAAGUUAUUUUAGAGAUGUUUAUUUAAAUCCAUGACAAAAAGCAAUACUUUUCUUUCUAAAUCUCUGUAGAUCCGAACUCCUAAAACACUUCACACACUGCUAGAAACAUGGAUAGAACUCAUUCAGUAUUCACUGAGGAUUCCUUGUGUUUAACAAAAACAGCAAAGCUGUUAAUCCAGGCAGGUGAAAAGGAUACUAGAUACAAGUGGAAAAAAUCCAUGAAGAUACAAUAAGUCUCACUGUGAUCUUCUGUCAAGCUCUGGAAAUGAAGAACUUCACAGUGACACUAAAUCUGCUGUCUCUAUAUUUCAGAUUUUGACAGAAGAUCAAAGGGACAACAGUUAAAUCCCCUACAGAUAUAUUAGCUCAAUUUAUCAGAAAACAAAGAAAGGUUCACUGUCAUGUCAACCACGUUUUGUCAAGCUUAGAGAAUCUUGAUCAGUGCAGACAGAGCAUCAGCAUGAUGUAGCAUGAGGUUUAGUGAUUAUUGUUUGGUUAUUGCUGCAACAUUUGAGUAGCACUUACAUAAAUUCUGCAGCAGAAUGAGUGAUGUGUGUGGCACCUGUAAGUUAUGAUCCUCAUACCUUAAAAUUGUUCAGAUAUGUAAAAAAAAAAUGUUAAAACGCCCUGUCAGCCUGGCUGAGUUCAGAUCUCAUUGUGUAUGCCACAGUAUCUGAUGCAUGGAGCGGCGGUGCUGGAAUUGUAUUUACUUAAAUCUAUGUGUCAUCAGAUGUCAUUAAAAUCCAAGGCCACCAUCUUGUGAUAUCGAUGCUAAGUGGGGAUCACAGAGGUUAAAACUGAAGAAAAAAGAAAACUUGUAAACUGGUAAAUUAUGUGGUAUCGGUAAAGAUGGAUCUAUACCCUGCCAGGUAAUAGUGGACCCUUUCAAACCAUCCACAAGCCAAUGAAGGUCUACAAAUGACACCAGUGUAAUGAUAAUAACUGUCUUUGACUGGGAAGCACAAACUGGGUCCAGCACCAGGGCCACACCACCACUUUGGCAUUUUGUUAUGUUAAACCAGAUCAUAACUAGAUACUAAGAACUUGUGUUAAGUGUUGUUCGAAGUCAGCUUCUCUGACAUUAUUAACAGUUAUCCUUAACCCUGACUUGUUGUAGAAAGAUGUCAUAUUACCGCUACUUUGUAGAAAAGUGAAGACAUUCUCAGAGUGGUGGAAGGCUAACGGCUUGUUAGCUCGUUUUAGCCAUUUUCUCUCACGGAAUAAUAGAGACAUGUUUAUUGGAUAGAAAACUUACACAAUGCUUGUCUUAAGAAAGGGGUACACUCGUUUAUACCACACACCUUGAGAAGAAGAAGAGGAAGAGAGCCAUGUGAAGGAGACUAAGAGGAAGAAGCCAUAGUUUUCCUGUAGCCCUAUUAUUUAUUGUCUGAACAUAUCAUCAAAUGUGUACAGCAAUUAAGUUAAAGUUUCAUCAUUUCAAGCCAAAAUAUGUCUGUUAUUGUGUAAUUUAAGAGGAAGCGUGUAACUUUGUGCAUUUUAUGUCUUUUGUCUUUCUUUAUUUUAUCGAGUACGCAGCUAUAGGAGAGAAAAGGCUGCAUUUUUCAAACAGCUUCCAUAUUCUCACAUACGGAGAACUCUGUGGGGAAGUAGGGCCAAUUUAUGAUUUUUGUGAUGAUCUUCAUUUGGUUUUUAAGUUGUAUUUCUGAUGCAAAUGCUAUGAAAACAAGCACCAUUAUUUCCUUAGCAAUAACUUUUAAAACAAAAGGGUAUCCAUCAUUGAUUUUUCUUCACUUGUUUUGCAUCUAAGUGUAAUUUGACAGUCGAGCGAUCUUGUCUUUCUGUCUAGUUGGGAUAUUUCAGUUUUUGCCUCUGUUAAAAAGAUAACAAAUGCAUUAACAUCCUACUUUGAAAUAAAAGAGCAUCAUUCUUUGGAUACCAAAA